ACCUGGGUCUCUGCCUAAAGAAGGCAUGGAGUAUUUAUAGCCCAUAAGCAUGCACUAUUAUAGAGGGGAGAGGGGUCAGUAUAUCUAGCCCUUGUUUUGUGUGCCGCUCCAUCAUAAAGCAGCGAGGAUACUGCUUAGUCCUCAUCCAGCUACCACUGAAAUAUGGCACCCAAGAAAGCAAAGAAAAGAGCAGAGGGAGCCAGCUCCAAUGUCUUCUCCAUGUUUGAACAGGCCCAGAUCCAGGAGUUCAAAGAAGCUUUCACUAUCAUGGACCAAAACAGGGAUGGUUUCAUUGACAAGAAUGACCUGAGGGACACCUUUGCAGCUUUAGGCCGUUUAAAUGUCAAACAAGAGGAGAUUGAUGAUAUGCUGAAGGAGGCACCAGGACCAAUUAAUUUCACAGUCUUUCUCACCAUGUUUGGAGAGAAACUAAAGGGUGCUGACCCAGAGGAGACCAUUCUCAACGCUUUUAAAGUCUUCGAUCCUGAGGGAAAAGGAACAUUAAAGAAAGACUUUGUCACAGAGAUGCUGACGACCCAGGCAGACAGGUUCUCCCCUGAAGAGAUGGAACAGAUGUUUGCAGCAUUCCCUCCAGAUGUGGCAGGAAACCUCGACUACAAGAACCUGGUCUAUGUCAUCACACAUGGUGAAGAAAAAGACCAAGAAUAGACCAGUUAUGCCUGAAAUUUCCCUCUGGAUAUUUAAAGCAAUGGGUCAUGUUUGUGUCAAGAUACUUACAUGAGCACACAGACUGGAGCAGAAGCAGAGUGCUAAACAUUUCAGCUUUGAUUUUUUUUUUUUCAUAAUUGUGUAUUAGUGUAUGAAUUAUGUAUUGAUUAAUUAUUAUAAUAUGUAUAAGAAUGGAUAUUGUCACGUUAGGCAUAUGUAACUGCUUGAUAUGUAGUAGGUGAAAUUAAAACUUUAUAUAACUACAGAAAGGGAAAUGUUUAAUAUGUUUUGAUAUUACAUGCUAUUUUCUGUGAAUCAAUAAAGAAAGGGAGAGUUGAUAUCA